GGUCGUAUUUGACAGCGGGACCAGCGCAGCACGGCAGGACAGCAGCUAUGGCUAAAAGUGAUGGAUGCGAUUACUUUAAAAGAACCAGCCUGUUUUGGAUCGUGUUCGUGAUACUGGGGAUGGGAUAUUACACUUGCAUCGUGUUCAAGCCGGAGAUAAUCCCAUUUGAGCACCUGGGUCUGUUUGGCAGCUUCUGCAGACACCUUGUGGACAACUAUGCUGGCAUAAUGUACAAAGGAUGGUGGGCCGCCUGGGCGAUCCACGUUUAUGAGGCCUUCGUUGCAUUGAGGAUGUGCAGUAACAAAGGCAUCAGUGACACGGCCACUCGCUGCCUGUGGUUUGUCCAGACCUUUGUGUUCGGCUUCGCCUCCCUCGGUCUGCUCCUCAAGUACGACCCCGAGCGUCCCAAACAGCACUGAGUUCAGCACCAGAAGCCCACAGAACAACCCUGCAUAAGCUGAAACCAGGAAGACAAUCACUUCCUUGUGCCUCUUCUUCUUCUCCCACCAUCUUUCUCUUUGAUAUGAAUUCCUGUGGAGGAAGUGACCUUUCUGUUUUACUAUUUCUUUUAACAUAAACGUAUUGAAGUGAUUUUUUUUCCUACGAUGGACAUAACUCUGAAUUUCAUUCCAUAGAUUUUAUAUGAACAAAACCAUAGACGUUUUUAUCGAUAAUAAUAUUAACAUAGAUUAUUUCAGCAUCACAGUUCUCUUGAUGAAUCUGCCGUGGGCUGAAUAUUUAGUGCAAUACAAGGGGGAAUCUUUUAUGAAUUGAUUUUGUACUCUCUUGAUGUUUACAUUCAGCCUGGGUGAUAGCAGGCGGGAUAUUCUCUGAGCUGCUGUGAUAAAGGCCAGUUGGCUUCAGAUAAGUUCUCCGGGAUAAAAAAAUAAAGAGAGCUGCUGUAUGUGUAUAUAUACUUUAGUGCCUCGAGUUCAACUUUUUAAGCUACAGACUGGAAGUCCUUAAUGUUAACACUGCAAAAAUAAAGAGUGACCUAACAAACUGAAUGAAAA